AUGGCUAUUAGAAACUCCAUCGGUGUAGUGCGAGUGGUAGAACUACCUAGGGCAAAAAAUAUGAUGUUUCCUAAUUCUUCAUUUUUCAAGAAAAACAGAUAUAACCUUCCAUCUCCCAAGGAGAUCCGAGAAAAGGAUAUCAAGAUCAAUAGCUUUCGCGCACGAUCACCAAGGCCUCCACCAAUCCCGUUCGAAGAACUGGGGCUUAUCGUCAAAUAUGGCUCAGAGAUCACGAUAGCCGAAGCACAGUGCCUAUGGUAUUUCAACAAACACAUGAAGGAUGCAGUGCCUACGCCGGAAUUGUACGGGUGGUGCCAUGAUAACGGAGAGACAUUCAUCUAUAUGGAGUUUGUCAACGCCGACACACUAGAAGAUGUGUGGCCAUCACUUAAUCAAGAUGAUCAAAAUAUAAUUUGCGAGCAGCUCCGUACGUCCGUAGAGGCAUGGCGCAAUCUCCGUCAAGAGACGGAACCGUACUAUAUCGGCCAUAUCGGACGUCAAGGAGUAGGCGACAUUAUCUUCAGUGACGCAGGUGACCCGCAGGCCGGUCCGUUUGAUGACAUAACACAAUUUCAUGAUUUUUUUGCGCGUUAUUCCUGCCGCCAGCACCCGGACUGGAACCCGCGGCGUGACUUUCCCGAGUUGGCCGGCUUGACGGAUGACAGACCAGUGGUAUUUACGCAUAGCGAUCUAGAUAGGAGCAACAUACUUAUCUUUCCGAGGGAUGGAGAAUCUCCACCUCGCGUCGCCGCCAUUAUUGACUGGCACCAAUCAGGAUGGUACCCGAGCGAUUGGGAAUGGCUCAAAGCGUUAUCGAGGUGUGAGGCUUUUUGGGAAGGGGGCCGGGAUACGGCCUGGCUAUUGCGAAUCAUGACGCCGGCAGACAAAAACUAUCAAGCAGCUUGGGAAUUUAUUACUGGCUCUUUGGGCUUCUAG